UCACAACGGAUCUUAUCAUUCGUUUACAGUUUCUUCAGGACAGCCACAGUGACACACCCGGAAAAUGAAAACAGAGCACACAGGAUAGAGUUGGUGCUUCUUUUGUUAGUCGGUUGUUUGAAGACGGGUUUGAGGUUUAGCUAAAUAUUUGAGUGUUUUCAGUAAAAAUCUACUCAUUUUAAGCCUCGGAGAGAGUUUAUCAACGAGCAGGUAACUCCUGCUGAAGAAACAUUCAGAGUUUAAAGAAAUCAACGUCAAGAUGGAGGACAAGAUGGAGUAUCAGCACAGACUGCUGUUUUUUACCCGGAUACCGAAGAUCAUCUUACACCGGAUAGAUCUCCGACAUUGUUCUGUGUGUGAAGACGACGGGAUUUUCAAUGAACUCAGCAACCAGGAGGGGAACUUCACAUUAAAACAAGAGGAACCAGAACCUCUGCAGAUAAAACAGGAACCAGAACCUCUGCAGAUAAAACAGGAGCAAGAAGAACCAGAACAUCAACAGCUCAAAGAGGAAGAGAAGGAACUCUGCAUCAAUCAGGAUGAAGAGCAGCUUGUGCUGAAACAGGAGACUGAUGACAUUUUGGUGAUUCCUCUUAAUGUGCAAAGAAUCCACAAUGAAACAGAACCACAGAGGAACCAACUCAUCUCUCAUGGCUCUGCUGAGGAUGAGAACCAGGAUCAGGAAGGAAGCGAUUCUGAGGACUCAGGGGAAAAGAGAAAUGAAAAACAGAAACGUCAGAGAUAUCAGAAAAUCAAACGGCAGAAAGGUAAAACUGAGUGUUCAACACAGAAAACACACAAGAAGGCUCAGCGAGACCAAAAACAAUAUUCUUGUGAAAUCUGUGAUGAAGUCUUUUCUCAAAGCAGUUCCUUGAUGACACACAUGACAACUCACAUGGACAAGAAGCCUUUCACAUGUUCAACCUGUGGAAAAAGCUUCCAAAACAAAUCUCAUUUGCUUCGUCACAUGAUAAUUCACAGAGGAGAGAAGCCCUUUUCAUGUGUGACUUGUGGAAAAAGUUUCAUAAAGAAAGCUUAUUUAGUUACUCAUAUGAGAAGUCACACAGGUGAGAGGCCUUUCUCAUGUGAGAUAUGUGGAAAAGGUUUCUUAAGUAAACCUAAUUUAGUUAGUCACAUGAGAAGUCACACAGGGGAGAAACCUUUUUCAUGUGUGACCUGUGGAAAAUGCUUCCAAGUCAAAUCAAGCUUACUUCGUCACAUGAUGAUUCACACAGAUAAGAACCCUUUCUCAUGUGUGGCUUGUGGAAAAAACUACCGAAACAAAUUUACUUUUCUUCGCCACAUGAAGAUUCACACAGGAGAGAAGCCUUUUUCAUGUGUGACUUGUGGAAAAAGUUUCAUAACCAAAGCUGAGUUAGUUAGUCACAUGAGAAGUCACACAGGUGAGAUGCCUUUCUCGUGUGUGACCUGUAGAAAAAGCUUCAUAAGUAAAUCUAAUUUAGUUAGUCACAUGAUGAUUCACACAGGUGAGAAGCCUUUUUCAUGUGUGACUUGUGGAAAAAGUUUCGUAACCAAAGCUCAGGUAGUUACUCACAUGAUGAUUCACACAGGUGAGAAGCCUUUCUCAUGUGUGACGUGUUUUAAAAGCUUUCCAUUGAAAUCUCAUUUACUUCGUCACAUGAUGAUUCACACAGGUGAGAAGCCUUUCUCAUGUGUGACCUGUGGAAAAAGUUUCAUAAGUAAAUCUAAUUUAGUUAGUCACAUGAAGAUUCACACGGGUGAGAAGCCUUUUUCAUGUGUGACUUGUGGAAAAAGUUUUGUAACCAAAGCUCAGGUAGUUACUCACAUGAGAAGUCACACAGGUGAGAAGCCUUUCUCAUGUGUGACAUGUUUUAAAAGCUUCCCAUUGAAAUCUCAUUUACUUCGUCACAUGAUGGUUCACACAGGUGAGAAGCCUUUCUCAUGUGUGACCUGUGGAAAAAGUUUCAUAAGUAAAUCUAAUUUAGUUAGUCACAUGAUGAUUCACACAGGUGAGAAGCCUUUUUCAUGUGUGACUUGUGGAAAAAGUUUCAUAACCAAAGCUCAUGUAGUUACUCACAUGAGAAGUCAUACAGGUGAGAGGCCUUUCUCGUGUGUGACUUGUGGAAAAGGCUUCCCAUGCAAAUCCGAGUUACUUCGUCACAUGAUGAUUCACACAGGUGAGAAGCCUUUCUCAUGUCUGACCUGUGGAAAAAGUUUCAUAAGUAAAUCUAAUUUAGCUAGUCACAUGAAGAUUCACACAGGUGAGAAGCCUUUUUCAUGUGUGACUUGUGGAAAAAGUUUCAUAACCAAAGCUCAGGUAGUUACUCACAUGAGAAGUCAUACAGGUGAGAGGCCUUUCUCGUGUGUGACUUGUGGAAAAGGCUUCCCAUGCAAAUCCGAGUUACUUCGUCACAUGAUGAUUCACACAGGUGAGAAGCCUUUCUCAUGUGUGACCUGUGGAAAAAGUUUCAUAAGUAAAUCUAAUUUAGUUAGUCACAUGAUGAUUCACACAGGUGAGAAGCCUUUUUCAUGUGUGACUUGUGGAAAAAGUUUCAUAACCAAAGCUCAGGUAGUUAGUCACAUGAGAAGUCACACAGGGGAGAAACCUUUCUCAUGUGUUGCCUGUGGAAAAAGCUUCCAAGACAAAUCUAGUUUACUUCACCACAUGAAGAUUCACACUGGAGAGAACUAGGCCUGUCGCGAUAAACAAUAAAUCAAUUUAUCGCACAAUAAAUUAAAACUACUGACCUCAUUUUAAUUAUCGGCUUUAUCAUUUCUUCCGGCC